AUGCUGAUUGGCUUUUAUCCUGGGGAUACCCUCGUCCCCGAACUCUACACAGGUCCUGCUAUUGUACUCCGCGGCUCAACCUCGGCUCCACUGGGUAUCGGACCACUGCCAGGUUUUGUAGUUCACUCCACGGUGAGGCCUCAGCCGACCCACCAGGCAGUGCUAUGCGGCUUGCGCAAAGAUAAAGCUAUGGAGUACCGUGGUAAGCCGGUCUAUCAAUCACACGAACAAAUGACGCCAGGGCUCUUGCGGAGCCAUGCACUCUUGAGGGUUGAGUACGACAUCAAACUCAUGGACGCAGGAAUGUGUCAACUGAUCGAUGCGCAAUAA